GUCGACAAGCAGGUCGAUUUCUGCGAGGAGAUCCGGAAGGCGAUGGCGGCACACAAGGGCAGGAAGAUAUCGUUCGAUAAUCUUGAUGUCUCGCAGGUGCAUUGGUCUGGUAUGACAUUUUCUUUAUUGAUCGACUUGCUUAAAGAGACAGGUGCCACGGCUGUCAGAUGGAAAUCGUUCAAGGCAGGGCUGGAAGACGAGGACAUCUCACAGCUGGCAUCCUGGCUGGAGGGGCUCGCAGCGGAAGACCUGCCCCGGGAGAUCCACUUGUCGCACAAUAGGAUGACCACGGCGGGCUUUGAAGCUCUGCUGUCGGCGCUGGAGGGCAAGCGCGCUCAGCUGCGGAGGCCAGCGCUGGCCAUCUGGUGCAGGGUGGAGUCCAAUCAGCUCGACAGACAUAUCAUUGACAAGAUGAAGCACGAAGGCCGCAUUUGCUACGUCGGGAGGCUCAAUGGUCCCGAACACAUGGCCGAGACCAAGGCCGUGGUGGCCAUGCCCAGCGCGCCGAUGGGCUCGCAGGUGUGGGCGGGCGGCCCCAAGGUGGUGCCGCCUCCGCCGAGGAUGGGUGCGCCCACGCCGUCGGAGGCAGCAUCCGCGGCGCCCGUCCCCUCCGCGGCGUGGGCGCCGCAGGCGCCGCUGCAGCAGGCGUGGCCGCUGGGGGCGCAGGCACGGCCGCUGAAGGCCUUUGUGAACCGGCACAUGCAGAGGCAGCAGCAGCCUCCGGUACAGCACGCCGCCUCCACGGGUGCGGCUUGGAGGAGCGCCGCGCCCGCGGGAGGACGGCCCCCGCCGCUCCCGCCGCGGGGCCCUCGCGGGGCUGCCCCGAAGGAGGAGAAGUAA